CCCACGUGAAGCGGAAUAUAAAGGGGGGUGUGAGACUAGAGGGAAAGUGAAUGGCGAAGGACUGAGGGGGUCCCCCCUUCGGGUCCCCAGCCGCCCUGUUCACCCUCGUUCAUCCUCCCUUCCCGAAGCUCGCCCGCGAAGGCAGGAGCGGCCGGCGCCUUCGGCUGAACAGGAGGAGGAGGAGGCGGCAUCGCGCCGGGCGGAGCGUCAGGUCCCGUUUUCCUCUCCGGCGUCUCGCAUACAAAGAUUACGGUGCAGAAGGAAAUUGCCUCCUCCGCCCCCCGGUACCCAACACAAUGCACCAGCCGCCUGAGUCCACCGCCGCCGCCGCCGCCGCCGCGGCGGCCGCCGCAGACAUUAGUGCUAGGAAGAUGGCGCACCCGGCAAUGUUCCCUCGAAGGGGCAGCGCUGGUGGCAGCGCCUCUGCGCUCAGUGCAGCAGGUACUGGCAUCGGGAGUAAUGCCACAUCUUCGGAGGAUUUUCCGCCACCCUCGCUGCUCCAGCCGCCGCCUCCCGCAGCAUCUUCCUCGUCGGGACCACAGCCUCCGCCUCCACAAAGCCUGAACCUCCUCUCGCAGGCUCAGCUGCAGCCACAGCCUCUUGCGCCAGGCGGAACUCAAAUGAAAAAGAAAAGUGGCUUCCAGAUAACUAGCGUCACUCCGGCUCAGAUCUCCGCCAGUAUCAGCUCCAACAACAGUAUAGCGGAGGACACGGAGAGCUAUGACGAUCUGGAUGAAUCGCACACGGAAGACCUCUCUUCCUCCGAGAUCCUUGAUGUGUCCCUUUCCAGGGCUACUGACUUGGGGGAGCCUGAGCGCAGCUCCUCAGAGGAGACUCUGAAUAACUUCCAGGAAGCCGAGACACCUGGCGCGGUCUCUCCCAAUCAGCCCCACCUUCCACAACAGAGUGUUGUGAUCAAUGGGAAUGCUCAUCCACACCACCUCCAUCACCACCAUCACAUUCAUCAUGGGCACCACCUCCACCAUGGGCACCACCAUCCAUCCCAUGCUGCUGUGGCCAGUGCAUCCAUUCCUGGAGGGCCACCCUCAAGCCCGGUAUCCAGAAAACUCUCCACCACUGGAAGCGCUGACGGUGUGGCACCAGUUGCGCCAGCUUCUGCUGUAUCAUCGAGUGGCUCACCUGCAUCUGUAAUGACUAAUAUCCGUGCCCCCAGCACUGCAGGCGGUAUAGGUAUAAAUUCUGUUUCUGGCACUAGUACAGUGAAUAAUGUUAACAUUGCUGCUGUGGGUAGUUUCAGUCCUAAUGUGACAAGCAGCGUGCUGGGGAGUGCUAAUAUAAGUGCAAGCAAUAUUCCUAGUGCUGCUAGUGUGAGUGUUGGGCCUGGAGUUCCUAGUGGUGUUAAUGUAAAUAUCUUGAGUGGCAUGGGCAAUGGUACUGUUUCUUCUUCCGCUGUUGUUAACAGUGUCCCUGGUGCAGCUGCAGGGAUGACUGUGGGAUUGGUGUCAAGUCAGCAGCAACAGCCAACCGUUAACACAUCAAGGUUCAGAGUGGUGAAGUUAGAUUCUAGUUCUGAACCCUUUAAAAAAGGUAGAUGGACUUGCACUGAGUUCUAUGAAAAAGAAAACGCUGUACCUGCUGCUGAAGGCGUGGCGAUAAAUAAAGUGGUGGAGACUGUAAGACAGAACCCGGUAGAAGUGUCUUCGGAGCGAGAGAGCACUAGUGGGAGUUCAGUGAGCAGUAGCGUCAGCACACUGAGUCACUACACAGAGAGUGUGGGAAGUGGAGAGAUGGGAACCCCUACAGUGGUGGUGCAGCCGCAACAGCAGCAGCCGCCACCACCACCACCAGCCCUUCAAGGUGUGGCCCUCCAACAAAUGGAUUUCAGUAGCGCCGGUCCACAGAGCAUUUCUCAGCCGCAGAUGUCGCAAGUACAAUUGCAGUCUCAAGAACUGAGCUAUCCUCAAAAGCAAGGUCUUCAACCAGUACCUCUGCAAGCCACCAUAAAUGCUGCAACCGGUAUCCAGCCAUCACCUGUAAACGUGGUUGCUGUAACCUCAGCUUUAGGUCAGCAGCCUUCCAUUUCUAGUUUGGCUCAACCCCAACUGCCAUAUUCUCAGACGGCUCCCCCAGUGCAAACUCCUCUUCCAGGGGCACCACCCCAGCAGUUACAAUAUGGACAACAUCAACCAAUGGUUUCUACACAGUUGGCCCCAGGCCAUGGUCAACCAGUGACUCAGAAUCCUACUUCAGAGUACGGACAACAGCAGCCGAUUCUUCAGACAGCCAUGUCUUCUGGACAGCCCAGUUCUGCAGGAGUGGGAGCAGGAGCAACAGUGAUUCCUGUGGCUCAGCCACCGGGUAUCCAGCUGCCAGUGCAGCCCAUAGCAGUCCAAGCACAACCUGCAGGGGCAUCUAGCCAGCCUGUUGGCCAGGCUCAGACAGCAGUGUCUGCUGUACCUGCUGGCAGUCAAAUGGCAAAUAUUGGUCAACAAGCAAACAUACCUACCGCAGUGCAGCAGCCCUCUACCCAAGUUACACCUUCAGUUAUUCAGCAAGGUGCUCCUCCAUCUUCACAAGUAGUUCCACCUGCUCAAACUGGGAUUAUCCAUCAGGGAGUUCAAACUAGCGCUUCAAGCCUUCCUCAACAAUUGGUUAUUGCACCCCAAAGUACCUUGUUAACUGUGCCUCCCCAGCCACAAGGAGUAGAACCAGUAGCUCAAGGAGUGUCACAGCAGUUGCCUGCAGUUAGUCCUUUGCCCUCUUCUAGUAGUAUUUCUGUUACCAAUCAGGUUAGUUCAACUGGUCCUUCUGGAAUGCCUUCCGCCCCAACAAACUUGGUUCCACCACAGAAUAUAGCACAAACCCCUGCCACCCAAAAUGGUAAUUUGGUUCAAAGUGUUAGUCAACCUCCCUUGAUAGCAACUAACAUAAAUUUGCCCUUGGCACAGCAGAUACCACUAAGUUCUGCUCAGUUCUCUGCACAAUCGUUAGCUCAGGCAAUUGGAAGCCAAAUUGAAGAUGCCAGGCGCCCAGCGGAGCCCUCCUUAGUUGGCUUACCUCAGACUCUCAGUGGUGACAGUGGGGGAAUGUCAGCAGUUUCAGAUGGGAGUAGCAGCAGCCUAGCAGCCUCUGCUUCUCUUUUCCCGUUGAAGGUGCUACCGCUGACGACACCCCUGGUGGAUGGUGAAGAUGAGAGCUCCUCUGGUGCAAGUGUGGUAGCUAUUGACAACAAAAUCGAGCAAGCGAUGGAUCUGGUGAAAAGCCAUUUGAUGUAUGCGGUUCGAGAGGAAGUGGAGGUCCUCAAAGAACAAAUCAAAGAACUAAUCGAGAAGAAUUCCCAGCUGGAGCAGGAGAACAACCUGCUGAAGACACUGGCCAGUCCUGAGCAGCUCGCCCAGUUUCAGGCCCAGCUGCAGACUGGGUCGCCGCCCGCCACCACGCAGCCACAGGGGACCACGCAGCCCCCUGCCCAGCCAGCGUCCCAGGGCUCAGGACCAACCGCAUAGCCUCCUAUGCCCCCCGCAGAACUGGCUGCUGCUGUCUGAACUGAACAGACCGGAAGAUGAUGUCCUAGGGAGAAUCCGCCUCCACAGUCACCCAUUUCAUUGCUCGCUGCAAAAAGAGACGUGAGACUGACAUAUGCCAUUCUCUCUUUUUCCCAGUAUUAAACACUCCUAUGCUUUCGGCUUGAAGAAAUGUCCUAGUUGGGUGAAUGAAAGGUUGACCAGAGAAUUAGCAUGGAUGUACUGGGACCCGGUGCAGCUUGGCAGAUACCUGAGAAGUGGCCUGAUGCAAGCUGCGGAGCCGGAGCCGGGCGCCUUUCCAUCCCUGCCCCGCUCCCCAUCCCCCGCUCCCAGAGCCUCUCUCCUGCCUGCACGUAGCGUUCCACAUGGGGUCACGAGGGGCUGGAGCUCCCCACUGGACUUUCCUCUCCUCUCCCCAGGAGGGACCCGAAAGGGAGGUCCAGGUGACUAGGACGAGGGGGAACGUAGUUCAUUGUACAAAUCGACGACUGUCACCUGAAUCCACACAAUAGUACUGUGCCUCUUAAAACAGUGGAUGACACAAAACUAUGAGAGUGACAAGACAGUGACAGGUAGCUGGGACCCAGGCUAUCUCUCCAGGAAGGUUGUUUUGCUUAUUGUAUAUUUGUGUAUGUAGUGUAACUAUUUUGUACCAUAGAGGACUGUAACUACUAUUUAGGUUGUACAGAUUGAAAAUGUAGACGUUUCAUUGGCUGGCUGAAGAGGUGUGAGUUGUCUUUUAUAUAGAAAUCAACAUAAAGGCUACAUGACAAAAAUCACACCUACAAAUUGUCAGAAUUUGGCACACAGUUAGUCACUUUGUGUAACCUGAAAUCCAGCUGCUGAAAGUCCCGAAGCGAAUCCCUAUUUCGCUGAAGUCUUGGGGUUGAGCUGGUGACUGAUCAGUUCUAGCUAGUGAGAAGGGUUUCCCAGUAGGGGUUCUGCAUAUUACCUGUCUAGUAGUUCUAUGCGUUUAUUUCUGUGCAUGUUCUCUACACAGUUGUAAGGUGUCACUGUAUUUAACUGUUGCACUUGUCAACUUUCAAUAAAGCAUAUAAAAUGUUGAUAAACAAGUGUUUCCAUAUUACAGUGUUCUACAGCCCUAACCAGGCACACUUUAAAACCUUUUGGCUUGUGGAAGUCCUGAAGGGGAGUGGUAGGGUUGGACCAAGUAGGGUCACCGAUGGUGCGAUUGUGGAAAUCAACUUUGCCUGGUUCAGCCAGCGAGGGAAGACACAGUGGAGGAGACAUUUGCGGUUCUUCUAACUACUGUAUACUUUGGUCAAGUAGCUUAACCCCUUUGGGAUGACAUAGGGUAGUAGCAGAGAGAAUCCUAAAUUCGCCCCAUGACUUCUUAGGAGUACAUGGAGAUGUUAGUUCCAGUGUUUACCAAACAGAGGGAAAGGGGUCCUUUCUGUGUGUAAUCCCAAUAAACGACUCCGGGAUCAAAAGGUGGAAGUCAGAGAUGCCGGUUUGUGUUUUCACAGCUCUGCCACCCUGGGGUGGGAUGUCUUUCCUGCUGUGGAAAGAGCUUCCAGCCCCUGCCAUGGUGGUUUUGUCUGAGCAGAACUCACGAUGAUUCCAGUUAUUGCCCAUGCUGGAUCUGAGGUGGGACCAGAGUAGCGAGGGAGUCCCUCUCUGCUGAUUCCGCAAGACUGUAAAAUUGAUCCAGGUGGAAUCCAAAGCAGACGGGCCCCUGAGCGGUCCCGCUCAGCUGCAGGAGCAGGAUCGCCCAGCCAGCUAAUGGGGGGUGGGCUUAGCUCAGGACCUCAGCAGCAGCCCUCAGGCAGGUGGCCAUUAAGGGGUGCCAGAGCACGCUCCAAGGUUUACUUAGGUCCUGUUCCUGCGAGGCCUUCACUUUCAAAUCUUUCUCUAGGGUAGGGCUGGUGGGCGUUGAUGGGACACUGGUUCAUCAGAUUGUGUGGUAAAGCAGCGACACGGACCUCCUGUUCAAACAGCAGAUCACUCACUGCUGUAGGCUGGUGACAGGUGCCGUGUUGGCUACUUGGGCCAGGACCUAAAAAAAAACUUCGUCAUAGUAGUUGGAAGGUUAUAUGAAUUGGACUUAAAUGAGGGGGUUCUUACUCGUAUGUGGCAGUUAGAUUUCCUCUAGAAACAAAACCACAGUGAGUAGCAAUGCCUAGCCAUUUCAUCUUUCACGUUGUUGAUGAAGAUCCUUUGUACUGUAGGUGCCAACUGUGGGAAAUUUGAAACAUCUCAUGUCAAUGUAUUAAGAUAAAGGAGAACUGUAUUUUCUAAUAUUUAAUGGAACUCGAGGUCCUUUU